AUGGGGCCUUUGGGCUCUGCAGUGAUACAAAGAUGUAGUUAUCUGGGGGCUGGACUGAGAGAGGUUUCCAGUGAAGCUCACUGAUAGCAUAUCUUCUUGGUACUCCCCUGACUGGCAUUGAUACCUGCGUGCUGCGGUGAAAGAUGCUGCCUGUGCCUACCUUUGUUCAUGAGGCUUCAAGGGUCUUUGGUGUUUGUCCUGGAGCCUGGGGGACAGACCCUGGACUGGGAGCAGGACAGGAAGAGUGUGACUUUUCAGGAGCAGUUCCCAGCAGAUAUAAGGCAGGAAUGCAAUGCGCUGCUAAUUGAAAACUGUCCUGAAUGCUGUGCACGCUGCUUGGUGCAGUGGCUGUAUGAGGACAUCUUGCUGAGCAUGGAUUAAGCCGUACAAAGAAAUCCAGGAAGAAAAGAAGCAGAAGAUGGUUCCAAACAACAGCAAUCUGAGCUGCAAUUGCAGCUGGGGACUAAUCUCUUCCUGUGGUUCCUUCGUGCACCUGAGAGCUCUUUGGUGUGGAGUAGAGCCUGGUUUGCGGGGCUGCAGCGGUGUUAGAGGAGACUGCAGCCACCUGCCCUUAAAAUGAUGGAACGUCAGCCCCUGCAGCAGAACGCAAACCCAUCCCUGAGCCAGGCCUGGGCUCUGAAACUCACUGGCAAUAAGCUAAGAAGAGCUUCCACCCUCCAAGGAACCUGUACAACAAAACUGUUCCAGUCCAGCAGGAAAAAUGAAAUGGAGAAAGCAAUUCUAAGGAAGCCUUGCUUAAAAGGAGGCUAAAGGAUUGGGCCUGAGGCAUAUGGAAAUCGUCUCAGUAUGAACGCCAGUGGGAGCUGAAGCACACGCAAGAAAUUAAAAAUGAUGUACCAAGAAGACAUGUCUAUUUAAUCUCCAGGUAUGACCUGUGAAGUGUAGAACAGAGUUGCAUCGGUAGGAUUAUACCCGAAUAACCAUUCACAUACCCAAGUACGUACAGAAGAUCUCUGCAAAGCUGAGACACUGAAUCAGAAUAACAGGUCAUGGUUUUACAGGGACUGUUUUAUCUGGUGAGGACUGUCAAUUCAUCCAAAACAGGUGCCCACAGAAGGUUUGAUCAGAAAUGGUAUGCACACACACUACUGUGUUUCAGAAUGGCAAAUGUAUCUUGAUCUCGUAAUUAGGGUCACUAGUGCUAACCCAUCUGCUCUUCUCUAAGCUUGAUUCCUAGUUGACUGUGACUCAUGGAACCCAUCAAAAAUUGGGACAGCGUCCCAACCAAUGACAGUGUCUAUGAGAUCAUCCUCAAGAACAGCUCCAAUUCCAGCUCCCAGUUUACAGGUGUCCAGCUCAUCCAGUCCUUCAAACCCCUCAUCAUCCCAUGCUACACCCUAGUGGUACUGAUUGGCAUCUUUGGCAACUAUCUUCUCCUUUAUGUCAUCUGCAAGACCAAGAAGAUGCACAAUGUCACCAACUUCUUCAUCGGGAACUUGGCUUUCUCGGACAUGCUGAUGUGUGCUACAUGCGUCCCUUUUACCCUGGCCUACGCCUUCAACCCUCAGGGCUGGAUCUUCGGGAAGUUUCUAUGUUACUUUGUGUUCCUGAUGCAGCCCAUGACUGUCUACGUGUCCGUCUUCACACUCACUGCCAUUGCCGUAGAUAGGUACUACGCCACGGUGCACCCUCUGAAGAAGCGCAUCUCUGUCACCAGCUGUGUGUAUGUGGUGGGGGGAAUCUGGCUGCUGUCCUGUGCCCUGGUGGCCCCGGCCAUCGCCCACACCUAUCACGUGGAGUUCCAGCGUGAGGGCUUUACCAUCUGCGAGGAGUUCUGGAUGGAGGAGGAGAAGGAGCAUCUGGCCUAUGCAUACAGCACUCUCAUCAUCACCUAUAUCCUGCCCCUCUCGGCUGUCUCCCUCUCCUACAUCUGCAUCACUGUCAAGCUUAAGAACCGGGUGGUGCCCGGCCACCCAACGCAGAGCCAGGCAGAAUUUGAGCGGGCACGUAAGAGGAAGAUCUUCCGCCUCCUCGUGCUGGUGGUAGCUGCCUUUGGGAUCUGCUGGCUCCCCAUCCAUGUCUUCAACAUCCUGCGUGACAUAGACAUCAACCUCAUCAACAAGCACUACUUUCUGCUCAUCCAACUGCUCUGCCAUUGGUUUGCCAUGAGCUCUUCCUGCUGCAACCCUUUUCUGUAUGCCUGGCUGCAUGACCGCUUCCGCAGUGAGCUGAAAAAGAUGUUCACCUUCAAGCAGAAGAUCAUUCCCACCAACCACUGUGUGGCCAUGAGCGUGAUGCUCUGAGAUCCGGAGUGUGGCCUCCCUGCUCCUGGAUGGUCUCACGCCUACUCUUGCCCUUUCCAUUUCCAAAAGAGUCAACAAAAAAUAGAUCCCCCAACCACACAGCACAUGGCCCUAUUUGUGGGGAUGACUGCGACUGCCUCAUGCUGCUCUGGGGUCCCAGAUCUGGAAGUAAAGAAUACUUCACUGCAAUACAACUUCAGUGGCAGUUGGGAAAGUACAUGAUAGAGGUAGAAUUGCCCUUGAACUUUUCCUGACUGUGCUAUCGAGCCCUUGAUACAAUGAGUCACCAGGUUUCUGCUUCAUCGGAAAGCAAGUAGCCAAGUAUCCCAGCUGGUAAUGAGGCUCAGUACUCAGGAGACUGACUCCAGGAUUCACAUGUUCCAAGGCUGCCAGUCCAAGAGCUAAACUUCACCAGGAACAAAUGCUUUUUCACCCAAAACUUGCUAGGGAAAUCACCACUGGAAGAGACCUUUGAGGUAGGGAAGACUGCAGAUUGUGGAGACAUGUCCAAGCUAGUUGUAAACUGGUUGUCACUGUGGUAGCACAGAGCUCACCCUGGACGAACUGCCUGAGCACUUAUCCAGCUUUGCAAGCAGGUUUGCAGCCUGCUCUCAACCCCCUGCUACUGCAGGGGAGAUACCAUGGUGAUGAUGUUGGUUCAGGUGAUUUUACUGUACCUGGAAGUGGAGAUCCCCCUAUUCCUGGCCUUGAAUGACUUGGUGCAGUUGAGGGUGGAGACUUGUCCAUCGCACUGCAGGUGGGCACCCCUGUGAGAGUCUACUACAGCCUCUCAAUGGGAGGAUCUUGGUUACGCCACAGUCACAGUGCCAAGUAGCAUAGUACUAGACCAACAGUCUUGGAAAGAGUGGAUUUGUGUUACCAGACGUUGGGAAAAGGAAGAACACCACAUCCAACUUUAUAUAUCGGGGAAAAUCCCUUAGUAAGUCAAGUGGGAACUGUUGCUUCUUUUACUAGGACCAAAUAUGAUGACCCUCUGUGCACAGUUCUUCUCUUCUCUUGUUCUGAUCAGGAAAGGGCUCUGAUGGGGUUGGGGCCAGAUUGCUUACGUCAGAGGGAAGCUUGGACAGUGAAGUGCGUGUCCCCAUGUUUGCGGCUGAAAUGUUCAAGCACUCCUGUGUCUAACGCCAAACUUCCUUUCUUCCCAAGACAUCUCAGCAUGAGGUUUGUUGGAAAGAAAAAUCUAGUUUAAAGUUCCUGUCUCUAAAAGCAGAAGGUAGGGCAGAGAGGCACCUAUGAACCAGUUAGUCUGGAAGGUACCACCCUGCCCAUCUGCUGCCUGAUUUCAGACUCACCACAUUUCUCUCUCUCUGAAGCUGGGCUUGGAGGGAAUUUUCUUUUCCAGACUGCAGAGGUCUUUGCCUGCGGGGAGCAGACCUGCUGCGAGCGAGAUCCCUGCAGCUGAUAAUGGAAGCGAUUCUAACAAUGCUGUCCCUCGCCCCUGCGAUGUGCUGAUCUGAUGUGUUUGACGGCUAAUAAAACAGUGCUACAGA